CAGGAGUUGGAGCCGUGCUUUGAGUCAUACCAGUGUGUUCUGCCAGCGGUAUUUAACCAGCACCACACCCUGAACAGACUUCAUAACGGGAACAAUCUACUGCUAUCUCUAGGUUCUGUUCUCUAAGGGAUUUCACAAUGGCGUUGGUUUCCGAGUUCCUGGGCCAGCUCACGCUGAAUUUUGGCGGGGAGAGCGAGCCUAAAUUCCCCACGGUGGUGGCAGCAAGGGAUUUUGAUCCAGCUAAAGAUGCCGCCAGGAUAGAAACGGCUGUCAAAACCAAGGGUGUGGAUGAGCUGACCAUCAUUGACAUCUUGACCAGACGGAGCUACUCCCAGAGGAGAGAGAUCGCCUUCGAGUAUGAGAAGAGAUCCAAGAAGGACAUGAUCACAGCUCUGAAGGGGGCUCUGUCUGGGUCUCUGGAGGCUGUAAUUCUGGGACUGAUGAAGAGUACGGCUCAGUACGACGCCUCGGAGAUCAAAGGAUCCAUCAAGGGUCUAGGGACCGAUGAGGAGACUCUGAUAGAGAUGGUCUGUUCCCGCAGCGCUGAAGAACUGGUGGAAAUCAAACGCGUCUACAAGGAGUUGUUUAAGAAGGAGCUGGAGAAGGACGUGGCUGGAGACACAUCAGGAGACUUCAGGAGUCUGCUGUUGGCCCUGGUACAGGUAGGAGACACAUCAGGAGACUUCAGGAGUCUGCUGUUGGCCCUGGUACAGGUAGGAGACACAUCAGGAGACUUCAGGAGUCUGCUGUUGGCCCUGGUACAGGUAGGAGACACAUCAGGAGACUUCAGGAGUCUGCUGUUGGCCCUGGUACAGGUAGGAGACACAUCAGGAGACUUCAGGAGUCUGCUGUUGGCCCUGGUACAGGUAGGAGACACAUCAGGAGACUUCAGGAGUCUGCUGUUGGCCCUGGUACAGGUAGGAGACACAUCAGGAGACUUCAGGAGUCUGCUGUUGGCCCUGGUACAGGUAGGAGACACAUCAGGAGACUUCAGGAGUCUGCUGUUGGCCCUGGUACAGGUAGGAGACACAUCAGGAGACUUCAGGAGUCUGCUGUUGGCCCUGGUACAGGUAGGAGACACAUCAGGAGACUUCAGGAGUCUGCUGUUGGCCCUGGUACAGGCAAAGAGAGAUGAGCCCUCAAAUAUUGUUGACUACGAGAAGAUCGACCAGGAUGCCAGAGCUCUGUAUGAGGCUGGAGUGAAGAGGAAAGGGACUGACGUGGCUACAUGGAUCACCAUCAUGUCAGAGAGAAGUGUCCCCCACCUACAGAAAGUGUUUGACAGGUACAAGAGCUACAGUCCAUACGACAUGCAGGAGAGUAUCAGGAAGGAGGUGAAGGGAGACCUGGAGAAGUCCUUCCUGACACUGGUGGAGUGCUUUGAGAACAAACAACAGUACUUUGCUAACAGACUGGGCGAAGCCAUGAAGGGUAAAAGUGCCAAGGAGAAGGUGGUGACCAGGAUCGUCGUGUCUCGCUGUGAGGUGGACCUCAUGAAGAUCAGGACAGAGUUUAAGAAACUGAACCAGAAGUCCUUGUACCAGACCAUCGCUGAGCACACUAAAGGAGACUAUCAGAAGGUCCUGCUGAGUCUGUGUGGAGGAGACGACUAAAGUCCAACUGGCACCAACUGUCACCUUGCCCCAAAACCAAUGCCUUGUUCCUAUUUUGAUUCAGUCUAGUGACACAGACAUUGAGAACCGGUGCCUUUAUCCACAACACCCAGUAGCAUUAGAGUCAUCAUUACUCAGAUUGCAUCACCUUUCUGUGAAUUAUGAGAUAUCCAACGGAAGAAUUGAGAGUAAAUGUUUUUUAUGCAAUGUUUUUUUGAAAUUAAAUCAUUUUUUUGUUAAA